UAUGGAAAGAAAGUGAUGGUGCUGGACUUUGUCACACCUACACCUCAGGGAAGCUCGUGGGGUCUUGGAGGAACAUGUGUGAAUGUGGGCUGUAUACCUAAGAAAUUGAUGCACCAGGCAGCUUUACUGGGACAAGCCUUGCAAGAUUCACGCAAAUUUGGGUGGCAUUUUACAGAAGAAGUCAAACACAACUGGAUGACCAUGACAGAAUCUGUUCAGAAUUACAUUGGAUCACUGAACUGGGGCUAUCGGGUUGCACUGAGAGACUCGAAGGUCACGUAUGAGAAUGCAUAUGGAGAAUUUGUUGGGCCACACACAAUUAAGGCAACAAACAAAAAAGGAAUUGAGAAGCUGUACACGGCUGAGAGAUUUAUCAUUGCCACUGGUGAACGACCACGCUACCUGGGUAUACCUGGAGACAAGGAAUAUUGCAUUAGCAGCGAUGACCUUUUCUCUCUGCCUUACUGUCCAGGGAAAACCCUGGUGGUUGGAGCUUCCUAUGUUGCCUUGGAAUGUGCAGGAGUUCUUGCAGGCCUUGGAUUAGAUGUUACUGUAAUGGUGAGAUCCAUUCUCUUAAGAGGAUUUGACCAGGACAUGGCAAACAGAAUUGGCGAAUAUAUGGAAGAACAUGGAGUCAACUUUAUCAGGCAGUUUGUGCCAAUCAAGGUCCAGCGGGUGGAGGAAGGAACUCCUGGGAUACUGAAAGUUACAGCCAAGUCCACAACAGGGGAUCAAGUAAUUGAAGGAGAAUACAAUACUGUGUUGCUGGCAAUUGGACGAGAUCCAUGCACAAGAAAAAUUGGUUUGGACAAAGUGGGAGUGAACAUCAAUGAAAAAACAGGAAAAAUUCCUGUCAAUGAUGAGGAGCAGACAAACGUGCCAUAUGUCUAUGCUAUUGGAGAUAUCCUGCAGGACAAGCUGGAGCUCACACCAGUGGCAAUCCAGGCAGGAAGGCUGUUAGUUCAGAGGCUUUAUGCUGGGGCAACCACUAAGUGUGACUAUGUGAAUGUUCCAACUACUGUAUUUACUCCUUUGGAGUAUGGAGCCUGUGGGUACUCUGAAGAGACUGCAGUGGAGAAGUUUGGCUGGGAAAACAUUGAGGUGUACCAUAGUAAUUUCUGGCCACUGGAGUGGACUGUGCCAUCCAGAGAUAACAACAAAUGCUAUGCAAAGAUAAUUUGCAAUAUACAAGAUAAUGAAAGAGUCAUUGGUUUCCAUAUCCUUGGUCCAAAUGCUGGAGAAGUCACCCAAGGUUUUGCAGCUGCUAUUAAAUGUGGGUUGACAAAAGAACAGCUGGACAACACUGUAGGAAUUCAUCCUGUCUGUGCAGAGGUAUUCACCACCCUGUCUGUGACUAAGCGUUCUGGUGAAAACAUCAUUGCGAGUGGAUGCUGA